AUGUCAAAUUUGAAGACACAUUUACGUCUUCACAAUGGUCAAAAACCUUAUCCAUGCGAUCUUUGUAGCGCCAAAUUUACUCAGUUUGUCCAUUUGAAGCUUCACAAACGUUUACACACCAAUGAACGGCCGUACAAUUGUUCAUGUUGCGGAAAGAAGUAUAUUUCUCCAUCAGGCCUACGAACUCAUUGGAAAUCGACAAGUUGUCGGCCAGCAACCGGUAGUGAAAUGCAUAUCAUCGAUUUGGAUAAUGAAGAAAGUAGCGGAACGCUCCGCGAUGAGCAAUGUGUUACCAGUACAACACCGGUACCGCGGUGA